AUGGGCAGCGAGAGCUCUUCUGGGCACGCGUCGGGGGCGGACCUCCUCAGGGCCGAGAACAUAAGGUUCUCCGUCCGCCGCCGCGCCGCCCUCGCCGCCGCUCCGGACGAAUCCGCCUCCAGCGACAGCGACGAGGGCGUUUGGGAUCCGGCCACGGGGCCCACGUCUGAUGGCGCGGAAUCCGGGGAUGUGUGGGGGGAAGGGAAUGGGGGCCGGGCGGAAGCGCAGGAUCGUCCGGCGGAGGGCGUCGCAGGCCUGUUUGCGGCCUGCAGCGUGAGGGAGUCGCUCGUCGAGGGCAUAAGGUCGAUGCUGGACGGGAUUCUGGACAAUGGAGCAUCGCGGGAAGCGAUCGAGGACUUGCUAUCACGAGCUCGACAAGGAGAAGCUUGCAAGGGCGUGGUACCCCCAGAGGCUAUUGCUUACUUGUCAUGCGUGGCCAGCCGCUUCCAAGAUCGGCCUCCCACGGAACCCAGCAAUAGCCACAGCAGCAGCAUGAGCAGCACGGCAUCUGAAGAUUCGCAUGCCCCCAAAGAUGCUCAAGAGCCCACAAAAGCGGAGUCCAGUGGAAAAUUCUCAGAAUCGAUGGAUCCAGGGCCAGCCACCCAAGGAGUCAUCGUGCAGGUUUUCCCCACAAAGCAGGCAAUCGUUGAGGCUCGUUUUAGGGAAAGGGCUGGCAUGGCCCUCAGCUCCGGCACUGGUCCUGAAUUGGGUGUUGGCAAUGCUGAAGUGGCCAGGGGACCUGUCGUGCAUCAGGCUGAGUCAGGUGCAGUCAUGGGCACAGCCUCCGUUGAUUAUCAAAAGUGGGGCUCUGGCGACCGACUUGCGAUACCCAGUCGGCCUCCAAGCAACUGCAACAUGCAUACUCAACAGAUGGUACCUCUUGACACAUAUGCUGGGCACGAUGAACGUGCAGGCCAGGAGGCACCUGGCCCAGUGAAGGACGUUGCUAUUGCGGGCCAGGGGUCCACGCUUCAGACAAUGACUCCCGAACAGUCAGCAGUUCGGAGCUCCAGCAGAAUGCGAUCUUCGCCUGCUGCACACUUCAGCACAGAAGAUGCCCAGGCUCAAGCAGCUGCUCAAGCUGUGGAUCUCAUGGGGGUGGGCUGUCACAUGAAUGGCAACCAGCUUGUGGCCGUAGCAUCUAUGGUCGCAUCGGCAGCCACAGCAGCUGUUUCAGCUGCACUUCGUGGUUCAGACACAUCGAAAGAUCAGAGUGCUCAGCAAGUCACUUUGCAGCAGCUCUCUGGGCAAGGGGGGCAAGGCCACACACUCAGGGGCAGAAUCGUGUACACCCCUAAGGAACAGCAAAGCACAGAAGGGACAUUGAACUGUGGUGCUCCAUCUGAAAGGGGGGACGAGGGCGGUGUGCAAGAGCUGCAGGGUUAUAGCCCACGGCGGUAUUCGUCCAACAUGCCCAUCAGCGGCUUGCAGCGAUCACAAUUGACCUUGUGCGAUGUCACGUGCCAAACGGACGAUGCUCCUGCCAUGAUGCAACAAGGACCAUACCAUGCAUCGUGCACGGGCGUGUGCACUGCUGCUCAGAACAGUAACAGACCUCACGAUGUCAAGCACCAGGUACCAGAGGCUGCAAAAGGCACAAGUGUGGAAAGGGUUGCAGAGAACAAGUCUUCCAUUGCCGAUCCAAAUGGCACCACCAGACUCAGAGAGCGCACGGUUGGGUCACAGCUGCCAACAAGUGUUCCUGGGGCCGAUGCAGAAUGCCAAGAUAGAAUUGUACAUGAAAAAGUGGCUGCCACAACGCCAAAUCCAUUUGUCUGUGAUACUCGCAAAGGUGUUGAGAACCAUAAAUACGAGGCCAUGAUUCCACCCCCAUAUGGCGCUUUGAAGCAGUAUAUUCACAAGACUCCAGUGCUCCCCCCGGAACUGACGAAGUCUAUAUCAAGGGCAUACGAGGAGCUGGAUCCGGACAUGCCCAAGCAGUCCAAGUUCGAGCCCAAGAUAUCGCCCCCCAGGGAUGAGAUUUACCAAGAAGCAUUGCGGUCAGUGGCUUCAAAUCUGGGGGGCACGAUCGACUACUCCCGUUUAAACAACCAACUUAACGCCCUGCGCUCGGGUUCAGCCCUUCUGGCAUCUGGAGUGGGCAACCCGGGAAUGGAACAAGACCUCGCUUCAUGCAUCCCUCCCCCAAAGCGACUCUGGGAAGAUGGUAACCAAGACCUGUGCCUGGACGACAUUGCCUCCUUUCAGAGUCUCGUGCAGCAGGAGGUUGGCUGCAGGGUGCAGGCAGCCCUUGCUGGAAAGCCUCCCACGAGGCGCAAGGACCAGUGCCUUGACAAGGCGACAAGACUCGCGUGCCAAAAGGUCCAGAGCUUCGCCAAUGGAAAUCAUCCAGGAUUUCCGGCAGCGCCAAGAAGACUGCCCAAAGGGCAAUCGAGGCACAGAAAACGCGACACCCCUGACGUGGCCGGGGAAUCUCCGCCGCUGUCGCCUCGCCACAAGGAGAACAGGUCGCCAAACCAAAUGCAUUCGCACGUCGAUAAGAAGCCCAGGCAGCGGCCUCAGAUUGCGUUUGGCAGGCGCGUGGCUCCUCCCGUACGAGGCUUGGAUAGAAGCAACAGAAGAGCGAAGGAGAUGCUUCAAGGCAAUAUCGGAGCUCCGGAGGAGCAUCGACACUCCACCGAGGCUAAAGCGGAGUGCGCCCCACGCACACGUCCUGCGGAGAGCCCUCCCACUUCGACUACAGGCGGCACUGAUGUAUUUGUAGAGAACCUGCUCGACGCUCUCUUUGUCGCGGCAUCCAACAGCAAGGAUCCCCCCGUGCACAGAUCGCCUCCCCAAUGCAAUGAACAGUCAAUACAACCACCAGGCGCUAACGUUUCCGGUGUUCUUUUGGAAAAGCCAAGGCAGCCUGAGCGGCAAAACCAUGAUGAACAUGACAGGGGUGUGGAAUCGAUGGCGCAACAGACAAUCCACAAAGAACCUGCAAGAUCUUUGGACCAGUGCACAGGGAGGGAGUUUGUCAGCGUUUCUGAUAUUCAUGGGGCUCCAGUGGUACAUGCAUCAGCAGGGGGGGCACCAAAUAUCGAAUGGCGCUGUGUACCAUCGAGAUCGAGAAAUUGGGAAGCCAUCGAGGAUUGCGAACAUCUGCUGGACGGGAGAUUUCGGCAAGAAGAGCACCUGUGGGACAGAAGAGAUCAUGAAGAGACAGGGACUUUGCCGCACGCAAUAAACGUAAUUGGAGAUAAUGGCGACGGAUUCCAGCUGCCAGUCCACGAUGCUGCAAAGUGCGGAUCGGAAGGCCCCAAAUCUCCAGCAGACGAAGCCCCACAUCAGCUGCCGGACAUUGGGCACAUCAGGCGCAUAUUGUGGCGUCCGGAUUGCCAAGACAACUUCGCGGCGGAAAUAGCUGCCGUGGGACAAAGCGCGAGCACUUCUGACUUCUACGGAUCGGGGGAGGCCACAACCAGCGACGAUGACUUCUCCGACGCCGUUCAUCGUGCAAGCCAGGGCUGCUCCCCUCUUCGACACAAAAGGAGUGCUUCAGACGUUCGGCUCGGCAACUACAGGGCCCGAAGGCACUGGAUCUUGAAGAAGGCAGGAAUAGAAGAUCCGUUGCUCCUCAGCAGCAGCGCGCAGGACACCAAGUCGUCUUCUGAGAGCGAUUAUGGUCAGACAGUGAGUCAAGAAGAUCUGGAUCAACUGCAGCACCGUUUCAACGAAAUCCUGUCCCUCGGCAGCGCUCGGCGAGCCGCUCACCUGCCAACGUAA